GUCACGGGCACCUGUUUCCUGUAACGUGCAUUCCAACUACUGUGAAAAAGUCUUCGGAGCAUGAAUCUUUAUAAUUGUUUUUAGUGAAUUCGUUGUGAUUUAUUUAAAAGAAACAUAAUUGGUUUGCAGUUUAUCAUCAUUAGUUACAGAGUGAUGGUAUUGUAAUCAUGGGCUGUGGAUCAUCCAGAGUUAACCCCGAUGGGGAAAAAGAAGCUGCCACACCCAGACCUAACCCAAACAAGAGCAGAAAUGGAUUAGUACCGAAUGGAGAAACUAAAACAUUUGAUAAGAAGACAGCCGUGGAUACUAAUGCUAACAUUCCCAGCCAAAAACCAGUUCCAAAGUCUGUGGCUUUUGAAGUUUUAUUGGAUGAGCGUAAAACAGACAGUUUGAUAAAGAAACAUCCUCCAAUGAGAAUUCAGAAAUUAGAACCUUUGAGCUUACCGAUUCUUACUCCAGAAAUGUUAGCAGAAAAACAGAGACUGGCUGAUGAAAAACGAGAAAGGGAAUUGCAAAAAAGAGCAAGUGCAUCUAGAAAGAAGUCACAGAGAAGGAGAGAAAUUCUGAAAGCUCAAGAAAUAGCACAAGACUUACAGCAAAAGGAGGUUCAGCAAGAGUUUUUAACUAGAGAAAAAACAGUAGAAAAUUUAAGGUCUGCAAAAUUAGCAGAAAUACAAGAAAAACAAAGAUUACAAGAAGAAAGAAGAAAAAGAACAAGAGAAAGGGCCAAGAAAUUGAACCAAGAAGAUCAACAGGAAGUAGGAAUGUUGGAGGUUGAAAAAGACGACCAUUAUAAUGCUGAUGAUGCGGAUUCAUGGCUGAAUGGAGAUGAUAAUAAUAAUGACAAUCCAUCAGAACCGGGCGAUAGAGUCUAUAAUGGCCGAACAAGCCCAUCUAAAAACAUGAAUCAUAGAGAGUGUCCUCCUAGUGCUUCAACUGUUGAUAGUUUUGACAAUGCUUAUAAUCGUAAAACAAGUGGUAAAACUCGUGCAGAACAGAUAACUUCACAAACUGACGAUUUCUUUGACUCUUGAUGACAAGAUUCAGUCAUGUGACCUUGUUCCGUAGAUAGUAUCUCGACGGUUUUGGCCUGUCUCUCUGUGUCAUAUUUCAUAGUAUAACUGUAGUGAUGAGAUACAUGUAGUACCCUACAAUUGAAGUGGAUUUAGUCAUUAUCACUUGUUCACACUUGGGUUAGCCAACAAAUUCGUAAAACUCAAAGUUUACACACACAAAGUCUUGUGCCUACAAAUUGGGUCAGACUUGUCCUGCCUUUUUUUUUUAAAUUAGUUUAACACUUGUUUCUAUAUAUAUAAUUGAAAACUUGAGUGGGUCUGGUUCAUUUUGUGUAGGGUAGAAAUGACAUAAUCCACAUGUAGUGUAGAGUAUGUGCAGUCUGACAGUCCGACUCUGACUGAUCUAGUAUUGUUAUCAUCAUUUAUAUUUUUCUACAGUUUGUUCAUACUUUUAUAUUUUGUAGGUUUUUUUUAUACAAAUGUAACAGUAAAUUCAGGAAUUAUUGAUAUAAAACUAUUAAAAGAGAUGAGGUAUUAUUAUCAAUGAGACAUCUUUCAACCAGAACAAUUUUUAUUGCAGUUGUUAUCAAAUGAAUAAAUGUGAUUACAGGAUAAAGUGCGAAAAAAAUAAACAUUAAUAAUGUAUUGACAAUUUUCAAUGCAAUAUAUAGUAUAAUACUUAUCCUGUUGCAUUAAUUGCAAAAAUUUCUGAAUUUACAGUUAUACAUUAUAAUUACUAAAAAUGUAUAUGUCUAUGUGAAAGAGGUUCAUCUGUGUACUUAUUACUAAGUUAUUGUUAUCAUGAAUUAUAAGUUGAUAUUGUCAAUAACGUUUAUGAAAAUAUUUAAUGUAAUUUUUUAUGCAGGUCCAGAAUUAGUUUUUUUUUUUUAAAUGACAAUUUAAAAAAAUCCUUCCAAUGUCUAUUUAUAUAUAAUAUUACAUGUAUUGAUAAUGAAUGCUGCUAGAGGUAUUUUUUGCUCUAUUUUAUCAGAUAAAACUUGUUUGCCACCAAUGAUUAGUAUAGAUAUUUGGACUAUUUUGCUUCUAGAAUUACUUUUAAAUUUUAGAUAAAAAAAAUUGCAUUUCAAUGGCUUUUCACUCCAUUUUAAACAACCUUUGAAUAAUGUAGAAAAGAAGAAUUUCCUGUUUUAUCCGUACAAAAAAAUCCAUUUAAAAUUCUUAAAACUGGUAAACCAGACUCUCAAAGUAAAAGCAUACAAGAGUGGCAGUUUGGAAUUUUAAAACACAAAACAAAAAAUGGAUUCCAGUGAAAUGCACAAAUCUUGCCAUACACUGAAAAUUUGACUACAGGUAAAAUAUUUAUAUAUCACAAAAUUUCUAGUCCUUAUGUUCAGGUUUAUUUAUGGAUAUGCAUUGGAUAUUUUGUUAACUUGUAGGUAUGUUUUUUUAUUGUGGCAUUAUGUGGCUGUCUCAUUGACCUUUAUAUCCAACAUCUUUAUACUCAUUUCUGUCAAUUACAGUUAAUAAUAAAUUCUUCAGCAGGUUAAAAAAAAGCAAUACAUAGAAGUUCUAUAUUUAUUAUGUAUUCAUUAAAAAUUAUCACAUAUAAGUUAUGAAAACAGAGACAUAUACUUUAAAUUCAGAUUUGUUUUUAGUGUAUUUUUGUGAAUGUUUGUCUUAGCAAAAGAAUUAAAUCAAGACUUGGAAACCCUCCUUAAAAUUAUGUUGUAAGAACUAAAAAUGCAAAUUCCAAUUAACAGGAGACUUAUCAUAGAUUAGGUUUAGCAAUAAUAAAAAAUUAAAGCAUUUCAGGAAUUUCUGAAUAUAGGUGUCAGACCAUCAAUUCAAAAUUCCUAUGUAUUCUACCAAACUUUUCAGUUUUCACUGCUCUCUAAAUAUUUGACCUUAAUUAAAACUUCACGAAAACCAUGUAUAUCCAGAAUCAUACAUGAAUUAACUUUCUACAAGCCAAUUAUUUAAUGUUAGUGACGCAAGAUGUUCAAGAAAUAAAGUCCCUGUCAAUUAAAAAUAGCUUGUUGGGUUACUGAAAAUCUGUAUUUAGAAUACAAUUGAGCACAACUACCCUGAAAUUGUGUUGCAAGUUCAUGCACAAGUAAAUUUGGGCUCAAAAUGGUCAAAACAUAUUUCUCAAUAAAAAAAAUUUAACAUUCAUGUAAAAGUUUUAACUAAGCAACAAUAUUAAAUAGCACUAUUUUUGUCAGAGUAGGGCUACUUUUAUGUUCUAAAUUGGAGUGGGUGAAUUGUUAAUCUGACACCUUUACCAAUGUAUUAAUCUGUUAUUAGCCCUUACACACAGAGUGAUGAUAGUUAUAUGCUCAGUGAUAAUUAAAUGUAUUAAUCCGGUCAUUAGCCCUUACACACAGAGUGAUGAUAGUUGUAUGCUCAGUGAUAAUUAAAUGUAUUAAUCCGGUCAUUAGCCCUUACACACAGAGUGAUGAUAGUUAUAUGCUCAGUGAUAAUUAAAUGUAUUAAUCCGGUCAUUAGCCCUUACACACAGAGUGAUGAUAGUUGUAUGCUCAGUGAUAAUUAAAUGUAUUAAUCCGGUCAUUAGCCCUUACACACAGAGUGAUGAUAGUUAUAUGCUCAGUGAUAAUUAAAUGUAUUAAUCCGGUCAUUAGCCCUUACACACAGAGUGAUGAUAGUUAUAUGCUCAGUGAUAAUUAAAUGUGUUCAUACAGGUCAGGUUUUGGUAUUUUUAACUUUAUCAUUUAGUUUUACCAUUAAUUUAGAUAUAUUAGAUAUCAUGCUAUGGUUUAACUGAGGAACUGGAUGGGGUUUACAGAAUAGAGGCUUUUAAAUUAAUGAAUAGAUAAAAACUAGUGAAAAAAAAUAGAGACUAAUUGGGUGCAGAAGUAUAUAGAAUGAUUUUGGAAAAUUAAAGAAUAUGGUAAUACAAUAUGAACGAUGUACAGAAUCAAGAAAUCAUAUAAUUACAGAUUUAUAGCCGAAAAACAUCCCCCAGUAUUAAUUACCAUAGAUAAUCUGUUUAUUGCUAUUGUGCUAUUACAACGUUUAAGUUUACAUUGACAACAUCAUGUGUGCCCCUAGUUUCUAGUGAUAAUUUUCUAUCUCAAGUGAGUAUCAUGAUGAUCCAUGAUCAUGAUGAUAUGAAAAAUUAUCACAAAAAGAUAUCUAGGGAAAAUUCACAAAAAAGCGUUAACAAUGUUAUAUAAAAAAAAAAAAUUCAUGAGAAUUUUACCGAAUAAGCGUUAUUUUUAAAGUUUAAGAAAAAUGCCCCAAAAAUUGAAAGAAUACAGAAAUAGAGAACUCCCUACCCAGACCCUCUUAACUUGCACAGGUUUGCUGUGAAUGAUUAGAAAAUUGUACUAUUUGGUUGAAAUGUGUUAUCAGUAUUGAUGAAAAGCCAAAUAUUUUGAUUAUUAAAUUGGUACCUGUUAUAAAGGUGAUAUAUUAUUUUUCACUGGUUCUAUAUAUCAUGUUAUCAUACCGGUUAUAAAGAUGAUAUUUUAAUGUUUACUGUCUCUAUAUACCAUGAGAUCAUUUCAAGGUGUUGUGUCCUUUUUUCUAUUUUACAACCAUUUUCGGACCAAUAAAUUGUGGCUUUUACAGUUUUAAAAUUAAAUAAAAUAUGUUAAUUUAACUUAAAGAUUAGAUGUAAACUCUAGACUAUUCAUAAAUAGGAAAAAUUAUCAGAAAGUUUUUCAAUGUUAAAAACUAAUAAUUUGGCAGUAUCUUAUUGGACAUUUUGAUACUGCACAAAAACGAGGUUACUAGAUUUGAAAUUUUAGUUUAAUUUCACAAUUCUUAAUAUUGAUCCUUUUAUGUAAGAUGUUAAGUUUCCUUCAUUUGCAAUAUAUUAAAAUUCCUAUUAAAAAUCUAAAAAAAAAUCAGAAUUUGAAUUUUGUAUAUUCCAAUGAAAAUGUUUUACCUAUAUUAACCUGCUUAUUAGGUUUAAAGUGAAAUAUAUUAGAAUAUGAUCAUUGCAGUAAUAUUUGAAAGAAGAUACGUGUAUAUAUCACCUUAUUUAUUAUCAGUUCAUUUAGUAUUGUAAACAAUACAUGUAUUUUCAUCAGUAUUAUAAAAAACAUAGAUGUAUCAUUUAGAUUAUUUAGUGUUUGGAUGUAGUGUAUAUAUGAAAGACAACUCUUUGAAAGCAACAAAUAAAAGGAGUAGAUUUUUCAUUUGCAAUUGAUUAUACUGAAAAUCUGUCCAGUUUGUUAUAGUUUUAAUUUCUAUUAGUGACCUUCCUUAUCUGUAAGAUUUUCUUUUUUUAUGCCAAUUAAUGGUCCACUAGACUUUAAAAGUUUCUCAUGUUUUCAUAGAAAUGCAAAAAAGCUGAAUUUGAAAUAGAAUUCUAUGUUUAACAAAAUUAUUUAGAAAUUUUACAAAACAUUCAGUAUCAGUUGUAGCCAUAAUCAUAAGAACUGUACAAGUGAAUCAUUCCACACAAAAAAUAUAUCCUGAGUGCAUAAAGAGGUCAGCAUGUCAAGGAAUUCCCUAUAUCUAUAUUGAAAUUUUAAAUAUUCCCCUUAACCGUCUGUCCGUCUCUCCGUCUUUCAGUCCGUCCUUCUGUCCAUCUUUCUGUCCGUCCCAAAAGUAUUUUCACAUAUUAUAAUCAUGCUUGUACGGGGGCAUUCAUGUCCUCAGACACAUUCUUCUAUUAUAUUUUAACUAAUUUGUGUGCAUUUAUUUUUGUCUUUCUUUACAUAAUGUAGAAUAACAAGUAAUUCACCUCAUAUUUAGAUGCUGGAAUCAAACAAGAACUCCCCACCACCACAUACAAAUAUUCAGGGUAAUAUGAAUUUUCAGCUUUUUUGACAUACAUAUAUGACUUCUAAAAAAAUUGUGCAAAAAUAACAGUCUUAUUUUGAAGAUGUUCACUGACAAUUUUGGACCCUAAUUUAUUCAUCCCAGUGUUCCAAAAGUCUUUAUUAAUGUUUUUCAAAACAGAUAAUAGAUGAUGGUAGUUUUUUAGUGCUAAUGAAAGCAUGGUUUUCCUACACCACAUUUUGCCUUAAAUGAAGAAAUAGUUAUGAGAUUGUUAGUAAUUUAGUUAUAAUCAAAUAACCAUUUUAUAUUUCACAAAGGGCCUAUAUUUUUCCAUCUUUUGAAAUUGGAAAAACCUAGUUAGACCCUCUUAGAUCCCCUGUAAUUCAUGAAAGGAGAAGAGUGAAAUUGCAAAUUUCCUUGCCGCAUCAAUUUGAAAAUAAGGUCUUGUAAAUAUAGUACCAAACUCACUGGUUAAAGGGGUUUCUCUGUCAUCCUUGUAUUAACUGUAUGCCCUGUGAUUUGACUGGCUGGCAAUAACUAUUGUCGCUUUUUUCAAGAGGUUCUGUAAAUUCAGAAAUUAUUGCGAGGUUUUUAUUAAUGCAAAAAAUGGGACUGGGUAAAUAUCGCAAUAAUAAGAACAAACAUUUUGACAUCUGAUACUUAUAUCUGUAUGCAGAUUUCCCUGAAAUCGCAAUAAUUAAUCCUGCAUAUUUAUUAACUUUUUUAAAAUUGCAAUAAUAAAUGCAUACAAUCAAGGUUAUAAUGAUUUUUCGGUCAACUAAACACAUUCAAGUAUAGGUACUGUAAUGAUCUAGACCAAUGGGUCAUGUAAUAACUUCCUCUAAAUUUAAGUUCAAAGUUCAAAUUAUCAUGACAUAUAGGAUCAUUUUCUAGAAAUUCGAUUUUGGGAACAAAUUACAGUUAACUUAUAAUUUAUCCAUCAAACUGGUACUAAGUAUUUAUUUUGCAUUGUUUCACACAGUAUUCCAAAGAACCAGUAAAUGUUUGUUAUCGUUAUUUAUCUGAACCAGUAUUUAUUUCUCUGUGAUAUAUAUUGUUUGUUUCUUCAAAUUUUAUACAAGAUUUAUUUAUAGCACACAAAUAGAUUUAUAUAAAUUGUCUUUUUCAUAUGGUUGUACAUUUGAGGAAAAAUUUAGUAAAAAGUUUGGUGAUUUUUUGUGAAUUAGGUUAUAUUAUAAAUGAUAGAAUUUUGUAAAGUGAAUGUUUGUUUUCAUUACAAUAAACGUUUCAGAUGCUUGUUGA